AUGUCGGGAUCCGUUCAACACUGGCUAGGGGGAAUCCCCACUUGCAUCCAACCACACCCAGAACCAGAUCUGUCUUGGGAUCAGAUCAAAGAGGAAGUUAAGGGCUGGCUACUCUUUGUACAGGAAAAUUGGGUUUCUGCAGCAAACGCAGGUUCCUCCGAUGAGAACUAUGAGUUAAACCACCGGCGGGAACUGGUGGAAAAAUGGGCUUCGGCUACACAGGAAUUUCGUGAAGCGUACCAAUCGCGUGCACCUGUGGGUCUUCCAGGCACGGACGGGCCAAGGAAGAAUGAUCACAUUGAAGGUCUUCGAUACCCAGCCGAAGCAUUAGAACGUCUCUACGAAACUUCUCAGCCAAGCGAUAGCACCACUCUGAUUUGUCUCGCCCCUGUUGAUGAGAAACAUGCUGCCAAUCGGGCGCGAUGGGUGAAAUUCGCCAUCCUGUUGUACAACUAUGAUAUCGAGACUGGCCACUGUCUACUCGAUGCUUACAUGCCGUCGGAGGCGAUCCUCAAUCCAGAAACCACUACCGAUCCUUCAGUAGAGGAUUAUCUGCCCUGGGCGGAUCUUGAGACCGCAAAGUUCGGGUCUAUCUUUCUCACACAGACUGGCACGGUGCUCUAUUGCGGUUAUUACGGCCCAUACAUGUUGGUUGAUGCACUAGGCCUGCAAACUGGGCGCCUGACAAUUGUCACCUAUGAAACCAACGGGACCGUGAGAGAUUCCGUUGAGGUCCGCCCGUUCAAUAUGGAAAUGGCAUACUUAAGCGCUUUCCAUAAUUGGUCAAGUUUUGACGAUGUCAAGCAUUGUGCCGGUGCUUAUAGACACCAAAAUCCGCCACUUGACAUGGACCUACCGAUCAUCGAUAUUCUCUGUCAAGCCAAGGACUCUAACCAACUUCCAAACUCAAUGGUCCUAUGUGACCGAGAGCAGUGGACAAGUGAUAUUGAGCUUUAUGCCCCGGGCUACUUGGCUCUCGAGGCCGAAGGGCGCGGAGGAGAGUACCCCUAA